AUGGCAGUGCUGAGAACCAGGGAGAUUAUGGCCAGCCCAGGAAUAGCGGGUACCAGCGUGGUCAUCGGGAUCUGUCUGGGAAUGGGGAUUCUUUGCAGGUGCUACAGAGAUGAUGGACACAACGUGCUCAAGUCCGUGGACCCUGUGCCCUUCCCUGGGCCCAUCUGGGUGGGAGACAAGUACACAGGGAUCAGACUGGUGAAUGGCAGCACAGUGUGUGCGGGGAGGGUGGAGGUCCAGGUGCUGGGGACCUGGGGGACCCUCUGUGCCUCCCGCUGGGAUCUCUCGGAUGCCCACGUUCUCUGUCAGCAACUCAACUGCGGGUUUGCUGAAUCCAUUCCUGGAGGAGAACAUUUUGGGAGAGAGACUGGCCCUGUCUGGAGAGACUCAUUUCACUGUGACGGGACUGAAGCCCUCCUGCAACAGUGCCCAGUGACCACCCUGGGGGCCUCGCCGUGCUCCCAAGGGAACGCUGCUGCUGUCAUUUGCUCAGCCGGCUUUGGAUCCCUGCGGCUGGUGGGUGGAGGGAGCCGGUGCGACGGACGAGUGGAGAUCUUCCAGGAUGGGGUGUGGGGCAGAGUCCUGGAUGAGCAGUGGGACGUGCAGGAGGCCAGCGUGGUGUGCCGGCAGCUGCGGUGCGGAGAGGCAGGGACAGCCUACAACCCCCCAAAGCCUGAACGAGGGACAGGCCCCGUGGGGCUGCGAGGGGUCCAGUGUGCAGGGCACGAGGCCAAGCUGACCCUCUGCAACACCUCCCUGCCCGACAGUGCGCUGGCGGCAGGGCUUGCGGAGGACGUGGGAGUCAUUUGCUGGGGGAGCCGGCGGGUCCGGCUGGUGAACAGGGCCGGGCGCUGCGCGGGGAGAGUGGAGAUCUACUCCCAGGGCAUCUGGGGGACUGUCUGCGACGACGGCUGGGACCUGUCUGAUGCCGCCGUCGUUUGCCACCAGCUGGGCUGCGGAGAGGCAGUGGAGGCAGCCGGCUCCGCUCGCUUCGGGGAAGGCUCCGGGCAGAUCUGGCUGGAUGGUGUGAACUGCUCCGGGGCCGAAGCUGCUCUCUGGGACUGCCCGGCUGGGCCCUGGGGGCAGCACGACUGCGGGCACAAAGAGGAUGCGGGAGUCGUCUGCUCAGAGUUCGUGGCCCUGAGGCUGGAGAACAGCGACGGCUGCUCCGGGCGCCUGCAGGUUUUCUACAAUGGGACAUGGGGGAGCAUUUGCUCUAACUCCAUCACUGACAACACGGUGACACUGGCGUGCAAGGAGCUGGGCUGUGGGGACGGAGGAUCCCUGAAAUACGCCUGUCCCUCUGGCAGGGUGUCUGGCCCUGCCUGGCUGGAUCGCGUGCAGUGUGGGGAGACAAACAGCUCUUUCUGGCAGUGUCCCUCCACACCCUGGAACCCACAAUCAUGUGAAUACCUGGAAGAGGAGAUCAACAUCACCUGCAAUGCCAGGGAGAAGAUUCGUGCCGUGGGAGGCAAGGACGGGUGCUCGGGCAGAGUGGAGGUCUGGCACCGUGGCUCCUGGGGGACGGUGUGCGACGACUCGUGGGACAUGCAGGAUGCCGAGGUGGCGUGCAGGCAGCUGGGCUGUGGCCCUGUGGUGUCUGCCCUGCAUGAGGCUGCAUUUGGGAUGGGGACGGGCCCCAUCUGGCUGGAGCAGGUGGAGUGCCGGGGGACGGAGCCGUCCCUGCAGGAUUGCUGGGCCCGGACCGGGGACAGCGGGGCUUGCCGGCACAAGGAAGAUGCUGCCGUGCACUGCUCAGAUCCCACCCGAGGCCAUCAGAGCAGCAGCGGGAGAGUCUCAGUGCCCGUCAUCAUGUGCAUCAUCCUGGGGACCCUUGUCUGCCUGCUCCUGGCCCUCCUGGCUGGACAACUGCUGAGCGCCAGGGCUGGACGCAGAGGCUCCAGAAGAGCCCAGGAGCCCUUCCCCGAGGCUGUGUACGAGGAGAUCGGGUACAGCCCAGCGUGGGAGAAACGGGCCAAGUUUGAUCGCUCAGGUGGGUGUGGGUCUUCCCUGGAGGCACAUCUGCAGGACCCUUUCCUCUGGCCCCAACCGAGAGCUGACCUCCUGAAGCCCCCCAGCCUGUGGUCCCUGUGGCGCUGGGUCUGUGGGAGCUGUGGGGAGAGCAUCCAGGUCCUGAUCCCAGGAGAGAAGCUUUCUCCUAGUCAGCUUUGA